CGUCACGACACUCAAUCUCAGUCAGAUGUAGGGGAGGAGCGCAGAGCACGCAAUAUCAACUAUUAGGAGCAGGGUUAAAUUGACCCUGGUCUUCCACCUGGUGUGGGGGCCUUGCUGGGUGGGAAGAAAACAUGAUGAGCGGGAAGAGCCUGCUCCUGAAGGUGAUCCUGCUGGGGGACGGUGGAGUGGGCAAGUCCUCCCUAAUGAACCGCUAUGUCACAGACCGCUUCGACUCCCAGUCCUUCCACACCAUUGGCGUGGAGUUCCUCAACCGGGACCUGGAGGUGGACGGGCGUCUGGUAACCCUUCAGAUCUGGGACACAGCAGGCCAGGAGCGCUUCAAAUCCCUGCGCACACCUUUCUACCGAGGCGCCGACUGCUGCCUGCUCACAUUUGCUGUGAACGACCUGCAGAGCUUCCAAAACCUCGGCUGCUGGAAGAAGGAGUUCAUGUAUUACUCAGACGUUAAAGACCCUGAGCGGUUCCCUUUUGUGGUGCUCGGCAAUAAGGUAGACAUGGAGCAGAGGGAGGUUGGGGAGGACGAAGCGCGGGCGUGGUGUGAAGAGAAUGGCUGCUGCCCUUACUUCGAGACCAGCGCAAAGGAUGACACUAAUGUCACAGCUGCAUUCGAGGCAGCUGUCAGAGAGGUUCUUGCUGCUGAGGACCAGAUUGACCAUGCGCUACUGAGUAGUACUAUCGAUCUCCACGGCAACCGCAAAACCUCUCGUGCGUCUUGCUGCUGAUCGGUCAGGUGUACAUCCACCUUGUCUUAAUCUCUCUGGCUGAAACUCACCUAUUGCAGUUUAAGAGCCAGUGAGAUACUGUUUAUGGUACACAUACUGUACUGUAGGUACAAGGUACUGAGUACAGUACCCCCUAAAGAUAGUAUGGAUAAGAUACAGCUGCUCUGAGGAGUGCCCUGUCAGGGAUUCAGCUGGUGUCUAGAUUGUUGAAUUAUUGCUCUAACCAAGGUACAGGCACACUGUAACAGGCACACUCAUCCUUUGUACUCUGUCUGCUUUCAGUAGUGUUGCACAAAAACGUUUUUAUCCAGCUUCAGCUUUGUCUGCCUAUGCAGGAGUCACAUCAGAUAGUGCUUUCAGAGCAUUUAUUUUAAUUAAAGUGAUUAAAAUGUUAGUUACCACAGUCGACGAGAGAAUACACCAGUCCUCUCUUGAAGAGCACACUCUACCUUUGGCACAGCAACAUCCAGUCAGUCUUGUGACUUAUCAACAGCCUGUCCACGAGCUGACUUUCCUGGGUUUGAGAGGGACUUUGAAAUACAACAUCCCAUUUUCUCGUUAUCAGAUCUCUCAGCAGAAGUGGGGAGCUAAUGUAUUUUCCGGACACAGACAAUGUCUGUGAGUGACAGUGUUCCCAAUUCAGGCAGAUUUUAUGCAUGAGAACUCCCAACAUCAGUAUAAUGACCAAUGUGAUAUGAGGUACGAGGACCUUAAAUGAUUGCUGCACUCAAAAGGAAGAUGACCUUGUUUGUCUUCAACGGGAAGGGAACUGUAAGCUUUAAUUUUGCAGCUCUGACUGUAAGCAUCGGGUAUGAGCUAUCGUGGUGCCCUUAUUCAUUUCAGUGCUAUGUGUUUUACCACUGCGAGUGUGUAGCCGGAGGUGUCAGGUGUACGAGUUAGUCACUAUCAGAUCAUUUUUUAUUUCCCAUGAUUUAUGCACAUGGGCCUGUUUACUAAGAUUCAGAGUUUCUCGAAGUUGAAAAAUAAUACUGCUUUUGCUGCUGUUGUUGAUAAACUGCUGUUUAUUUUUCUGUGAAGCACAUUUCCAUCCUCUGACGUUUUUUUAACAGACGUGUGAUAUUCUGUUCGAUCAAGGGCUGAUUUGCGUCUGUUUUCCAGAUGUAUAGAGGUUAUAGUUAUCAGAAUUAAUAAUGAUUUUCACAAUUUCGGCAUGUUUGUAAAUCGUGUGCCUGUUGUGUUGAUUGCGAGGCAGGCCGUAACAUUCCUGUCCUCAAGCUUUGCCUAUUCUGACAGUCUCCUGUGCUUUACUGACACAUUCACCCUGUGCUGUCUGUCCGGUCAUUCUAGCUGAAUGUGAAAUAGCCUGAGCACAAGGAUAAGGCCAUAGCUGCGUGCAUUGUGCAUCACCUCUCCUGUCCAUUUAUACAGUAUUGAGUGAAACACAUGACUGAGUAUUCGGACAACUUAACGUUUACUUGUUUUCAGCUUGGUGGUACUUUUAUGUUAAUGUUCUCACAUACAGACUUUCUUUGGUUUUACUGCUCGAGAGGGCAAUGCUACAAACUUAGUUUAACACGGUCUGAAUUCAUUCUCAGUGUUGUUUUUGAUUGCUGCUGGAAUAGCAUUUUAUGUUGCAUAUGUUUUCAUCAAGUCACCACGGUUGUUCUUAUUAUAGUGCAUGUUUUCAUACCUUUUUCUGUUAUGUUGAAGGUCUUGUGUAUUCUCUCAGCUUGAGAUUUGCCUUUCAAGUUGUACGUUGCAUCAUAUUUCCAUGUGUAUGCAGACUAAUGGUGAGGAGCUUCACUGUGAAAGUGAGCCGAAUCCAGUCAGGUACAGUCAUAUUUACUUACAUGGCUCUUUGGUUUAAUGUAGGCUUAUUAUAAACAGAGUGUACAUAUGAUUACUGUAAAGGUGCUAUGAGUACUAGUACUCGCAGCAGUACGAGAGGAACUUUAUUAACUGUGAACUGGGUGGGGCAUUUUAAUGAAAUCAAGCUUGUAGCCUACAUUAAUUCAAAGCAAAAAAUGAGGGCUGUUAGCUUAUCAUUUGUCAGUGUUAAUACUUUGUCUCUUUACCAUUUCAGUUUUAUCCCGUUCAGAUAAUGUAGCCUACCACAGUGUUUACCUGAAUUCUAACUUACCUGAGAGUCAUUGGGUACUUAUAAACUGGUAGCAAAACCCUACAAUAUGUUUAUCUCACGUCCUAUUUCACUGCAACCCUGUCUUAUGUCAGUAUUUUUUUAAUGUUCCUGUAAUAUUUAUGAAUGUAAAAACUUAUUUCUUUGGGCUGUCCAUAUUAAUGGCUUAUGUAAAUCGCAAAGGGCAUUCAUUUUAUAAUAAUGUACGAAAUGACACUGAACGUCUGUCUCACCCUCAGUGCUCAGCCCGUGAGUGUGAUUUAAGCUGUGUGAAAGUCAGACUGUUCAUCUUGAUUAUGUGUUGAUUUUAAUGGACAACUUCCCCGACUCCCCUUUUUGCACUACGGAGGAUAAGACUUGGUUGUGCCAACAUGCUGGCAAAGCGGCGAAUACUCUCCAGUGCUUGGCUAUGAAUAAAACGUGCAACAUACCAAAUGGA